GUUGGUGGUGAUUGGCUUUCGGGCCGAGCUGGCUAUUUGAAGGCGGCGCGCGGAGUAGGUGGGGCGGGGUGGUCCACACCUCUGUCGGCGGAGAGAGGAACCGGGGUUUCUUAGCUGAUCCUGCUCGUUCACCUCCGUUCCCAGUCGCUUUUGCCACCGCCGAGCGCCGACCAGGGCUCCGCCGCAGCAGCUGCCCUCUGCGAGGUGAUGGCCAAGGUGUCGGUGCUGAAUGUGGCGGUCCUGGAGAACCCGAGCCCUUUCCAAAGCCCCUUCCGGUUCGAGAUCAACUUCGAAUGUAGUGAGGCCCUGGAGGACGACCUGGAGUGGAAGAUAAUUUACGUGGGCUCAGCAGAGAGCGAGGAGUUUGAUCAAAUCCUAGACUCCGUACUGGUAGGCCCCAUUCCUGCAGGAAGGCACAUGUUCAUCUUUCAGGCUGAUGCCCCAAACCCAUCCCUCAUCCCUGAGACGGAUGCUGUGGGAGUGACUGUGAUCCUGAUCACCUGCACCUACCACGGACAAGAGUUCAUCCGUGUGGGCUACUACGUCAACAAUGAGUACCCCAACCCUGAGCUUCGGGAGAACCCUCCACCAAAGCCAGACUUCUCUCAGCUCCAGCGGAACAUCUUGGCCUCCAACCCUCGGGUGACUCGCUUUCAUAUCAACUGGGACAACAACCCAGACAGGCUGGAGGCCAUAGAGAACCAAGACCCCAACCUGGACCCCAGCCUGGACUGUAGCCUUCCCCUUAGCUGCAUUCCCAUCAAAGGCCUGGGCCUCCCCAGCAGUAUCCCAGGUCUCCCAGAGAACUCCAUGGACUACAUCUGAAUGGGGGAUUCAGCUGGGCUUACAGGACCAUGGCCAGUCCCCCUGCACAUCUGAAGGGGUUGUGCUUGAUUAUCUCAAGGACGUUGAGGCCAUGAGCUGCCUCCAAGCCUGUCAGCGUUGGCCCCAAGGAAAGAGUGGGCCCUAGACUCUUCUACCCCAGGUCCAAAAGGAUCAUCCCACUUCGGACUCGGGCCUCUAGGAAACAGGUACUUCUGUUCCUUCUUUCUGAUGGUGUUUUCUCUCCUAUGCUGUCAGCUCCUGUGAGAGCUCUCUGUACACCACCUACCCUGAAGGCUAGCUUAGGUGGUACCUGGCUGGGCUCUGGCCAGAGGCUGUCACUCCUUCCCCACCUUGGCUCCUGAGGCUCCCAGGCUAGGAGUCCUGGUUAGCAGACUCUACUACUGCUGUCCUCCCAGGGUGUGAGUCAUCCAGUCUAGCCACCCCUAGAAAACUCUUCCCCAAAGGUGAGCUCCCUAAGCUGAGGAAGGAUAGCAGGGGCCUCUGUCACAGCAACCUUCUCCUGACUGGCUUUCUGAGGGGGUCUCUUGAGUAGAAGGCAUGUUGAAAGGCCUACUGCUCACAGCCUGGCCCCAUAGAGUCAUCAGGGUUGCUGUGACCACAUGCUCUCACAGGCCACCAGGGCAAGGGAAGCAUUUGGCUCCUUGAACUUAACAGCUUUCCUUCUCUGCCCUGCCUAGCACCCUGGUCCCCUGCUGCUCCAUGGGUACUGUUAGGACUGCAGUUUGUAUAUUAAAAGUGUUUGGUUUAAAAAUAAAAAGCACUUCAUCUAGAUUGC